GAACUGUGAACCAUUGGACUGCUGUUAUCUGUGGAGAGUCACUCAGAAGGAGAGCCAGGAUGAAUCCAAAGGAGCCCCUCAUACCUAAACAGACUCCAGAUUGCCAUGGUUACAGCGAUGCAUCCCUGCCUCCGCCAUAUUCCUACCAGGAGCAGCAGCCUCCAGCUUACUCCGCAGAUGAGAGCGCACACAGAAGUGAGGCCGUCGCCGCGGGAUACGCGUCUUUCCAAGACAUAAUCCCAGAGGCUACAUCAGAAACUACGCCCAUGUUAUCCUCAUGGUCCUUUGAGGACAAAACAGUGAGGCGAGCCUUUGUUAGAAAGGUGUUUAGUAUCUUGACCCUCCAGCUGGUGUUCACCUUCAGCGUGGUCUGUGUGUUCACCUUCUCCAGCGCCGUUAAAGAGGUGGUGCAGACCAAUCUGUGGGCCUACCUCAGCUCCUUCAUCGUGUUUGCUGUGGUGGCCAUCGCCCUCACCUGCUGCAAGUCCUUCAGCAGGCGUCACCCUUGGAACAUCGUGGGGCUGGUCCUCGUCACCCUCAGCCUGUCCUACAUGGUGGGGACCAUCGCCUCCUUCCAUGACACCACUGUGGUUGUCAUCAUCAUGGCCGUGACGCUGGUCAUUUCUGUUGCAAUCAUCGCUUACUCUGCUCAGACGCGUUAUGAUUUCACCAUUUAUUACGGAGUUCUGUUGAUCCUGGCUGUGGACUUUAUCAUGUUUGGGUUCUUCUGCACCUUCUACUACUCCCACGUCUCCAGCAUCGUCUACGGAUGUCUUGGAGCGCUGCUGUAUUCUCUGUUCCUGAUGAUCGACUGUCAGCUGAUGAUGGGAAAGAUGAGCUACCGGCUAAGUCCAGAGGAAUACAUCAAUGCUGCGCUCAUGAUCUACCUGGACAUAAUCCUCAUCUUCCUCUACCUGCUGGGGAAGAGAUGAAGCUCCAUGCAACGCAAUGUAAACAAACUAAAACUAUC